GGCGGCGAUAUCGCGACGGUGCCGCUGGAAAUUUUAUCAAUACCACAACCGUCUAGUCGGUGACAGUCGCUCGUGAAAAGUACGCGGUUAUCUGACGGGGUUGGCAGGUCAGCGGAUAGCUCUAGUUCAGGAAACCAACAGCGAUCGACAAAGAACAUGGCGACCGAGGGCGGUCUAGCACCGGAUGCUGCUGCGGGUGCAGGUGCAGGUGCAGGUACCGAUGGAAUCGUCGGAGGUCCCAGGACGCCGCAGCAGAUCGCUUCGCAAAAACGACUGCAAGCGACGCAGGCGCAGGUCGACGAGGUCGUCGACAUUAUGAAAACGAACGUCGAAAAGGUUCUGGAGCGUGAUCAGAAGCUUUCAGAACUCGACGAUCGAGCAGAUGCGCUUCAGCAAGGAGCAUCACAGUUCGAACAACAAGCAGGAAAGUUAAAGAGGAAGUUCUGGCUACAAAAUCUAAAGAUGAUGAUCAUCAUGGGUGUCAUCGGACUGAUCGUACUGGCCAUUAUCGUUGCGAAAUUCAUGCCAGAAUCAGCACCACCACCCCCGCCAGCUUAUGCUUACCCACCACCAGGAGUUCCAGGCCAGGUACCACCUGCUGCUCCUCCAGCACCAGCAGCACCUGCUAGCGGUGGAUCAAAUACCGCUGCUGGUGCCGCGUUAGUCGGCAAUUUGAAUGGCAUUCACAGCGUAAUGUAAACAGGAUAAACACCUCUGCACCGUACCGCAAUAAGAAUUUUUUCCAAGCUAAUCUUAAGCGAGCAACGCGAUAUUUGUUGGCGUGAAAAUCAAAGGAAAAAAGUAAACUGAAAUCUAAUUAAACCCUUUUCGAUUGGAAUUCAUUAAGUCGAUCGACAAACACUUUAGUUAUCCAACAGAUAUUAAAAACGAUACAAUAAACACUGAACAAACUCGAGCACAACUUGUCGAGUCGUCAACCGAUCCAUCAAAAAAUAUCAAUGCUUUCAAGCGAAAAGGGUGCGAAAAAAAAAAAAACCCUUCGAUCAAUAGGUUUCUUCUGAUUACGAUCCUAAGAUAGAAAGAGAACAUCGAACCGGUUAACGAUGAAAUAAACGUUUUAAUCGAGGAACGAACAGCUAACGCGUUAACUGCCCCGAUUGAAGAAAAACCAGUGGAAAUCGAACCGCAAGCUGUUCUACCAUGAUCGAACGAGCGCCCAUUUUUUCCUUCCACGAUCUCAAUCAAUCAAGUCUCGAAUAUGCCUAAAUGUGAAAACGAGGCGAAUACUAGUUCCUGUGAAAGCAGUUAAUGUGUUAAAAUAUACGGCUACAAACGUUGAGUUUCGCGUAGCUUUUAGGAACGAAAUGGCAAACGUUAACAUCUGUGUCACAUUGGUAGAAUAAAUAAUGGAGUAUUCGGUAUACCAACGAUAGUGUUAUAGUAUAAUUUAUCAACCUCCUAACGCUGCUAUACUCUACCCCAUAUUCUACCAAUGUAACAUACGUUUAACUCUACAAAUGUAACUUAGGCUUUAGAGUGCCGAAUAGAAAAGAAAGUUGAUCGACCCUCCAGAACGUUUAUUUCCUGACAGAGAUAGCAAUCUAUCUAGAUAGGGGUACAAUUCUUGCGUGUAUCAUCGUUCUCGGCUAAUCGAAUUUCCUCCACACGUAUUCCUUCGUAAUUAAUCAUAGCUGAAUAAAGAGAAACAGAAAGAUCGGGUAUAUACGAGGGAAACGAAAGAAACCGUGGAGAACUACUCGUCCACUGAAUUGGUGGAUAAACAUGUGUAUCUUACGUAUAUACGUGUAACAUGUACAUAAAUUAUUACGAAUUGUCAAUGUAAGAAUGAACUAUACAUAUAUACAUAAUACAUAAAAUACAUAUAAAUAACGUGACUUAUAAAUAUGUAGUAAAUACGAACAAGAAAGAAAGCGAGAGCGAGAGAGAGAGAGAGAAAGAGUAUAAGAGAACGAGAGAGAGAGAGAGAGAGAGAGAGAGAAAGAGAGAUUGUUAACAUUAAAUUUUAUUAUUCUUCAUUAUUCACGCGGGAAGAUUAGCAAUUUGUCGUGAAUAAAAUCGAGAAUCGAGGAAGAUGAUUUUUGCAAACUCUGUUUUUAUGGAUUCGAAUUUAUAGCUUAUAGAUAUUGUAUAAUUAUAGCUUUCACUGUUCUUUAUUAAUGUGAACAUCACCACCUUGAAACUGUUAGCCACGUUGGGAAGGGAUAUAACAAAAACUUGUUAGAAACACCCUCGUUCGUUCUUUCUCUAAUAUGUACUUCCUUUUCUUCGUAAAGGGUAGUUAUUCAGAUGUAAAGUUAAAUAUUGUACGAUAAGUUCAAUGGUUGACUAUCAAAUUAUUUAUACAUACAGUCAGAAACGAUAAACUACAAUUGAAAAAAAAGAAAAGAAACGUUCGAGGAUACAAUCGUGACAAAGGUUUUCUAUUAUUUUUACGUGUGGAAUCGCACCGAAGAAAAUGCUCACUGUACUUAGUAAUCACCAAAUAACUCUUUAAUAUGUACUAUCGGUAAAUUCUUAGUUCAAAAAAAAAAAAAAAAAAAAAUAAAACAUCAAAGAAAGAACGAAUAUAAAAGUUCUUUUAAUAAUUAAGGAUAAUCGAAGAAUCCUUAAUACUUUUUCUUUUUUGCUGGCCUAAUUAAUAAACUAUCCAUUCAGUUUCUGUGUGAAAACUAUGAAUAUCAUAGAUGAAAUAAUUCACAUUUGUAAUUACGUACCAUCUUUAUGUGCUCUAAUAGAUUUCUAAGAAAAUCUUAAUCGGUAAAUUCUGAAAACAGAGACACGAAAGAUUGAGAAACAUCUACCUUGUUGUUGUUAGAAUAAAAUCCAAUAAUCAUCGCGUUGUUAAAUGAGGAGAGAUAAUAAAUUUAAGCGAACAAAUUCGUAAGGGUUUGCGGUCGAGCUUUAUCGACGAGAAAUCGAUGAAAAUAAGAUUCGGUUUGCAAAUAAUAGAUACUUAUCGUUAGUUUUCAAGCUGCAAAAUCGAUCUCUCGAGACAUACCUUCCUUGCUCAAAAUGCAAUUAAAACGUAAUCAUCCUUGAAUCUUGAUCCCCACCUUUUUCUCCAAGAAAGCUUAUUAUUAUUAUUGUAUCCACCAACCGAAUAAUAGAAGAAUGAUUAUUUAAGAGGUUUGUAAGUAUGGCGAGAAUAAUUAUACGUAAAAAAAAAAAAAAAA